GUGUGUCAUAUAUUAAUUUACUUUUUGUAUGUACUGUGUCGUGUGUAGAUAUUUUAUUCUAUUCCAAUUCCAAGUUUAUCCAUUCCAAGCAUAUUUAUUUUAGCGUAUAAAUUUGCGUGUAUUCUUCUCUUGCACAUUUGUUUUGUAAUACUUUCCUUAAUAAAACUUUGUACAAUUGUAUUUCGUUUUCGUUUUGUGUAGUGGUUAUCUAGGUGGUUAUAUAUUGGCUGAAUGAUUUUGUAACUAUUUGCAAUGACUACCGCGGCAAGACCCACUUUUGAUCCAGCAAGAGGUGGGCAGGGGCGUGGUGAAAAGGAUUUGAGUGCUAUAUCUCGACAGUAUUCGAGCAGAGAUCUUCCUGGACAUACGAAAUUGAAGUACAGAGAGCAAGGACAAGGCACAUCAGAGGAGUUGAGGUCAAGAGAUUUCCGCAAAGAAUUAGAUGAUAGAGAAAAAGAAACAAAAGGUCCAGGGGCUAGGAGGCAAAAUGAACCACCCAUAAAGAGAGCCAAAGUAGAUCAAGUACCUGCAGCUAGUCUGGAUGCUGAUGAUCCACUUGAAGGGGAUUCUUCAGAGUCUGACGAUUCUGAUGAUGACACUGCAGCAUUGUUAGCUGAACUAAAUAAAAUAAAGAAAGAGAGAGCUAUAGAACAAGCGAAGAAGGAUGCUGAAAGAAAACAAGAAGAAGAGAGAAUAAGAAUGGAGAACAUAUUAUCUGGAAAUCCAUUGCUAAAUUAUUCAGCAGCAGGACAGAAAAAUGAUUUGAAGGUCAAGCGAAGAUGGGAUGAUGAUGUAGUAUUCAAGAACUGUGCUCGUUCUGAGCCAGAAAAGAAAGGCAACACUUUUAUAAAUGACUCUCUAAGGUCGGAAUUUCACAAAAAGUUCAUGGAAAAAUAUGUCAAAUGAAAUAUUGAAUAAAACAACUAAUGAUACUAUAAAGACCAAUAAUUUAACGCUCUGCUACAAAUUUUAUUUUUCUUUUGUAUAGUGCUAAACGCCAAGUCUUCAAAUGGUCUUUAAUAAUAAUUGCCAACACUCAAAGGUAUUGCAUGUAAUUAUUUUCUUUAGUCUGUAAUAAAAUAAUGAUUUAAGUAAAAAUAA